GUGUAUCACAAUUUCAUUUCCGGUUAUUCGUAUUUUCGUUUCUCCAACUUCUUUCUUCAUUUCUUUAAAAUCUGUUUCGGUCUUGUUCACAUUUUCUGGGUCAGAACUUUUAGUCUUCUCUCCUGCAUCCUGGAAUCAUCUCGAAGCUCUCUAUAUACAGAAACUGAAGAAGAGAGACUAAGAUGUCACCAGCGGCGGCCUUGUCUGCGGUGGCCAAACAGGCGGAGCUACUGCGACAAGACGGCAAUAACUGCUUCAAGAAAUCCAGGUUUGGAGCUGCCAUUGAUGCUUACACUGAGGCGAUCGCUUUAUGCCCUAAUAUCCCGAUUUAUUGGACCAAUCGUGCACUAUGCCAUAUGAAAAAAGAUAAUUGGGAAAGAGUUGAAGAAGAUUGUCGAAAAGCAAUACUACUUGCCAAUGGCUCUGUCAAGGCACAUUAUAUGUUGGGUCUUGCGUUGCUACAGAGAACAGAGUAUAAGGAAGGAGUGAAAGAACUGGAGAAGGCUUUAGAUCUAGGAAGAGGUGCAAAUCCAAAGGGAUAUAUGGUAGAGGAGAUCUGGCAGGAGCUCGCAAAAGCAAGAUAUUUAUUGUGGGAACAGGAAUCUAGCCACCGUUCAUGGGAAUUGCAGACGUUGAAAGAAGCAUGUGAUGAGGCUCUUAAGGAGCAACAUAUAAUGGAUUCUUCCAAGUUGGAAGGAUUUAUUAACGAAGCUGAUGUUGGCCUUAUGAAUCAGUUAAAGGCGCUGGAAGGUGUUUUUAGGAAAGCUGCUGAACAGGACAUCCCCUCUGAGGUGCCUGAUUACUUAUGCUGUAGAAUCACACUUGACAUAUUCCGCGAUCCUGUCAUUACACCGAGUGGAGUCACUUAUGAGAGAGGCGUUCUCCUUGACCAUCUUGAGAAGGUGGGCAAGUUUGAUCCAAUCACGCGUGAACCACUUGAUGAAUCCCAGUUGAUACCAAAUUUCGCCAUUAAAGAAGCAGUUCAGGCAUAUCUAGAUGAUCAUGGGUGGGCUUAUAGGACAGAUUAGAAGUGAUUAACCCAACUUUUUGAUUUCAAUGUCACAAGGAUCUGGUCUGAACCAAAAGUGACCCGAGCUCAGUGGCACGUGAUCUUCCCAUGCUGGUCUUAUUACAAAUCACAUUUUACCGGUGCAAUUCUUUGUACGUUUUAGUGUGAUACUGUCAUUGAAAGAUCAUAUUUAUCUUUUAAAUUGUACAGUUAUUGUGAGACAUAGUUGAGGACUGGGGAUUGUAAAGCUUGUAGUCUUGUAUCCUGUACAGUCAGAAAACUUUUGUGACCCGAAUUGGGAAAACAUGAAAUGAAAAUUUUCCCUUGGGUGCAAAACCAAGAGUGAAUGGCCUCUAA